CCCCGAAAUUGAUGCUCAUCUUUUCCCGAAAUAUAAAAGUUUUGCCGAAAUUGCAAAACACAUGAAGUUUUAACUUCUUUUUACCAUUAUCCCUUUCCGCAAUCGCCAAUAAAUGGAUUUUGGUGGCAACUUUUAUUAGGAGAGGAAUAGGUUCCUACUAUUCUCUAUUAGAAGGCAAACCUUUUGUUUGGAAGUUGGACUCUAUAGUGAGAAUGGAGGCUUUCGCAACGUUGCCGGAGGAGACCGUGUCGGAGAUUCUGUCGCGUACUUGUCCACUCGACGCCUCAAGAUUUGCGACGAUUUCAAAAGGCUUCAAAUCAGCGGCGGAAGCCGACUAUGUUUGGGGCAGGUUUCUGCCGUCGGAUUGGCCGGAGAUGGUGUCGAGAUCAGCAGCUCCAGUGGUCUACAGCUCCAUGAAAGACCUUUACUUUAGGCUUUGUCACUCUCCGAUUACUCUUGACGCUGGAAGAAUGAUAUUCUGGCUUGAAAAAAGGAGUGGUAAAAAGUGUUAUUUAAUGGGAGCAAGAGAGCUGGGGAUCACGUGGGCCGUUGAUACCCCGUGGUACUGGGAAUGGACAUCUCAUCCAGACUCAAGAUUCUCAGAAGUUGCUCAGCUUCAAUCUGUUUGCUGGCUUGAUAUCCGAGGCAAGAUAAACACGCGAAUGCUUUCACCACACACCAAAUAUGGAGCUUAUCUGGUGUUUAAGCUGGCGGAGAGGUGCAAUGGGCUGCGAUCAGCAAAUGCGGUGGUGAGAUUUGUGAAUGAGGAGACGGAUAGUGAAGCUGAAGGAAGAGCCGCCGUGGUGCACCUGCAACGAGGCCGCCGCCGCCGUAGAAACGAAGAAGUUGCAGUGCGGAGGAGUGAUGGGUGGAUGGAGAUUGAGAUGGGAAGCUUCUGUAGUGGAGAGGGAGAUGAGAGAGAUGAGGUUGAGGCAAGGCUCAUGGAGAUCAAGAACAAUCAUUGGAAGUCUGGCCUCAUUGUUGAAGGCAUUCAUUUUCGACCAAAGCUUUCUUAACUACUUAAUUUCGUUCUAUCAAAUGUUGUUAUUGUUAAAUCAUUCGAAUGAAGUAGAUAAACUUUUGGAGAGUUAUAUUGUUGGACAAAAAUGCAAUAUGCAUGUCGACUUAUAUCAAUAUAUAACGUGCAUUGAUGUUUUGUGGAA